AUGAUUGUGCCAACUGGGUUCAGAUUCAAUCCCACCGAUGAGGAGCUCAUCGAAAUUUUGGAAAGAAAAGUUUCUGGAAAAGCAAUGCCUCUCCAUGACUGUUUCAUUGUUGAACGAAACUUAUAUGAACAUGAACCAGAAGACCUUGAAUGGGAUCAAACCAUGGCCGUACAUAAGAACGAGAGAUAUUUCUACUGUAUAAGAGAGAAUGAUUCUCGAGAAGUUUCAGGUCGAGGAUGGUGGAAAGCUACAAGCCAUGUUAAAAAAAUUAACGCUAAUAAAGAAUGUGUGGUUGGUUACAAAAGACCUCUCACAUUUCACAAGUUUAAGGACGAUAAAAGAAAGCGAAACAAAGCCGUCAAAACUAAUUGGAUUAUGUAUGAAUACAGUCUCGAAUCCUACACAACGGAAUGGAGAAUUUGUAAGAUUAAAUAUAAGGGAAACCAAACUGUGCAAGUGCAAGAAGAGGUGGAGAAUGUUAAAAAGUAUUACAGUUUGAGUAAUGAAUCCGGGGGAAGCUGUUCCAUAAUGGAGAUGCAAUCGGCAUUUGUCGAUGAAGAACUGCAGCCACCGCAGUCUAUCGAUCAAACGGAGAAGAUUUAUGAGCCUGGUUUCGGUCAGAAUAUGAACACAGAUGUGAUGGAUGAGCAGCAACUUUUUCUAUAUGCUUCUUGUUCUUAUGAUCCAAUUUUAACCCACAUUACAAAUGAUUAUUACUAUUGUGAUCAACUAGAGCAUCCGUUUUCAGCAGAUGUAUUACUUCCUAGCUUUUGGUCUUGUUAA